GGACCCGAAUCUCUCCUCCCAGCAACAACGAGUCCAGCCCCCUUGGAGAAAAAAAACAACAAAACAAACAAACACCGUUUUAUAUAUCGUUCAGAAUAACAUAGAAACGUGCUUUCACAACGACCAGAAACAACCAAAUGUAAGUGUAGCUGGCUUGUACACUAUGCGGCAUAGUGACCUGGUUCGCUCAUAACAAACGGGCUGCUUGGUGACCGGCAGCUAGCCUUUUAACGUUAGCACCGCUAGCUGUCUCUGUUCGGGAGGAGGUUACCGAGCGGCACCGGCAGCUAGCCUUUUAACGUUAGCACCGCUAGCUGUCUCUGUUCGGGAGGAGGUUACCGAGCGGCACCGGCAGCUAGCCUUUUAACGUUAGCACCGCUAGCUGUCUCUGUUCGGGAGGAGGUCACCGAGCGGCACCGCUAGCUGUCUCUGUUCGGGAGGAGGUUACCGAGCGGCACCGGCAGCAGCUAUAGCGUUACCAUUUGUCUUGUUGUUGACUCGGUCUGCCAUCUGCAACCCCUUUUGGACUGGGCAGAGGAGGCGUUUCAAGUGGUCUGAGCUGUGGCCUGGCUGCAGUACCAGAGGCCACCAGCGUGGGGCAGCAGAGCGAGGUGGGGCCAGGAGGCAGCAGUGAGUAGGCCGGGGCUGGAUCUAGCCUGGAGGGGCAUGCGUCAUGACCUCGGUGGUGCUCGUUGACAGUGGAGGGGCGGUGGUGGAGUAUAUGACCGCCGUGGAGGACCCUCAUCAGGAGGGAGAGUGUGAGGAGGGAGACGGUGAAGUGGAGGUGGAGGUGGAGGUAGAGGUGGAGGGAGACGUGAUGGAAGAAGAGACAGACGAGGACCUGGAUGAAGAGGAGAACCCAGCAGUGAUCGUGGAGGAGGUCCCAGGCAGGGGGCUGGAGCAGUAUUUCUCUGCCCAGGUUCUGGUCUACGAAGACGGGACCUACCUGAUACAGGACGUGGGGGAAGAACAGGAGGUGGAGACUGAGGUGGUGGAGACAGUGGAGGCGUCCGUCCAUUACCAACAGUCUGGCACCAGUAUCUACUGUUCUGAUAAGACCAUCGAGGCUGCCGAGGCUCUGCUGCACAUGGACUCUGUUACCAGCCUGAGAGGAGACCGCAGCCCAGAUGUGUUCAUCCCGGCAGGGUGUGGGGCCACCCCAGACUUCAUCCACGCGGCGAUGCGUCCAGACGUGAUGACCGAGACUGUGGUGGAGGUGUCUACGGAAGACUGUAUGGACGAGGACAUGGAGGUCACCCUCAUAGAGGAACCAGACGAGUCAGAGCCUGACCACCAACCUGUCAGGAAGAAGAAAGCGGGGAGGAAGCCAAAGACCCACCCGCCUGCUGUGUCCAACGGAUCACCGGACCUCAGCGUCAAGAAGAAACCCAGAGAAGGAAAAGGCAGCACCACGUACCUGUGGGAGUUCCUGUUGGACUUACUCCAGGACAAGAACACGUGUCCCAGGUACAUCAAGUGGACUCAGAGGGAGAAGGGCAUCUUCAAGCUGGUGGACUCCAAGGCCGUGUCCAAGCUGUGGGGCAAACACAAGAACAAACCUGACAUGAACUAUGAGACCAUGGGACGGGCUCUGAGGUACUACUACCAACGUGGUAUACUGGCCAAGGUCGAAGGUCAGCGGCUGGUCUACCAGUUCAAGGAGAUGCCCAAGAACAUCGUUGUCAUCGAGGACGACAAGGCCGACUCCAGAUCGGGCGAUCUUAUUGGCUCAGAGAAGUCUUACCACGAGAGAGUCCUGCCCUCGUCGGAGACGAUACUGAAUGUGGCCGAGCUCGCCACGACGCCCACCAUCCUGAGGGGUGGGACUAGAACCGUAGUCCAUCCUCCGGUUGCUAAGGGCAACAAGGCGGUGAUGACGGGGGGCGGGGCGGCGGUGGGGGUUCCGAGGAUAGUGACCAUUUCCACGGCGCCAGACGGAACCCAGACGCAGCAUUCUCACACGGCCAUCAUCCCCACUGCCUCAGGACCCAGGACUGUACGGGUUGCCAUGCAAGUGCCUGUAGUCAUGACAACGUCACUGGGCCAGAAGAUCUCAACGGUUGCCGUGCAACAGGCGCCAGGGACGUCGGGAGGCCAAACGACGUACCAAUUGGCCAACGCCUCUCCCAUCGGCACGGCAACGGGCAACGCGAACUCUCAACCGAAGGUUGUGAUCCAGACCAUCCCCACUAUGGUUCCAGCCACAGCGGAGAACGGAGACAAGAUCACGGUCCAACUGGCUAAGAUCAUCACCAUCCCGGCCCACCAGCUGGCCCAGUACCAGCAGCAGACAAAGCCUGGCCUGGGGGGCUCCCCGACGGGCAGCAUCUCUCUCCUGGGCGGGACAAACUCCUGGGGGGUACGAGCCCUGGCACCUCAUGUUACCAUGGCUGCAGGGACACAGGUGAUGAGGCUGGCUGUUCCCACAACGCUGCAUCAUCAUCAUCAACAACAACAGACACAUCAUAUCGUCACGACGACGCAAGGUGGCGGGACCGGGACGGCAGUGGUCACCGUGACGACGACAACGGCCAAUCAGAGCGCUCCGGUAGCGGCAUCCCAUAUCAUCCAGGGCAUCAUCAAGAGAUCUGCCACGGCGACGAGAGAACCGCAGCAGCAAGCCAAGACGCUGACCGUUAAAACGGUACAGGCCCUCCCCGUCCAGACCACGUUACCGGAAGCACCGGAGAUCAUCACGGUAGUCGUCUAAAUCAGAGGAGCUCCCACCGGAGAUCAUCACGGUAGUCGUCUAAAUCAGAGGAGCUCCCACCGGAGAUUAAGUCAGAAGAUCCGGAGUGUUGAGGCCACAAGUACGGACACACACACACACACCUCAACAUUGUCUGUACAGUUUUUGCCCACAUAGUUUGUUCCUCUUUUUCUACAUGACAGUCUGAGAGACUAUAAAGACCCACAACCAGCUCUGAUUUACCCUGGGGGGGGGGGGUCUACCUUCCUACCACAGCCUCAUCUCUAUGGAGACCCAGUGUGCAUCCCAAAUGGCCCCCUAUUCCCUAUACAGUACACUUCUUCUGUAGGGAAUAGGGUGUCAUUUGAGUCGUACAAUACUGUCGGUUACCCAGCCAACACAGGAACCCAGCAAUGACUUUUGAAAAGGGAAGAAUCUCCUUCAGAAAAAGGGACCAAGUCAAGUUUAAAUCACUACAUGUUCUGUUUCUGGCAGAUGAGACACUAGCUGACUAAGCUACAACGGACAAAUGCAAACUUAAAACGAGAACACUAAACAAAAGGCGAAUUAUUAAAAACCAAAAAAAAUGUGAACUGGAAAGGAGAGAGAUGGAGGGGGGGGGGGGUUUGUAUAGAAAUGUAUCUGUGUACGACCAGCAUUUGAUUUGCCGAAUCACUGUGCAGAUUCCCGGUGCGUAAACAAACCACACGAAAGACUGCGGGCUGUUCUAGGAUCAGCUCUUACAAGAGGAAAAUAAAAAGCCAAAGGGACUUGUGUGUGUAUAUAACUAUUAUACAGUUUAGGGGAAUUCAAUUCACAACAAAACAGCCUUAGAAUGAUCUGUUUUUAUUUGUCAUUCAUUGUUUAUAAGAUAAUUUAGCUUUUUUUUUUUGUGUUACGGUUUCUUGACCUUUUUGGAUACUUUGUACCAAGCACAGUGUUAUAAAACAAUACGACAACACCAUUGUUCUCUUAUAGUCUGAAGCCCAGGUCAGUGGGUUGGUUACAGGGUUUGGGGUCAAAACCAUUACAAUUCUCUUCAAUGAUAAAAAAAUAUAAAAUUAGCAUUGACUGUAAUAGAAAUGGAAUUGACUCCCAACCCUGGUUGGUUCUAGUAGGCCUUGACCAUAGGCUUACUACAUCCCCACGGUAACGGUCUCUAGGGUAACUGCUCGUCAGCCAUCUUGGCUCCGCCCCCUACCUUUCCUUUAGCAGUUUCUGCUUUUCUUAGUCGUAUGAAGAGGGAGAAAGCUGUUCGGACUGAACUAGUUUGUAUAUUCAACAUUUGAAGUAUAUUCUAUUUUGUUGUACUCUUGUUUCAAAGUGUAUUCAAGUAGAUUUUACUGAAGUAUAAAAAAAAACAUUUGAAUUAAA